AAUGCUAUUCUUAUGAAAUUUACCGCUCACUCGGGCUAGUAGCUCACAAACUCCAUGUCGCAUUGGAUGAAACUAAUCCUUAUAGUUAUACGAGGGGGUAAUUUUUCACUCACGCAUUCGUUCAUUGGUUGCUAGAGAAGACGUACCGCAUGACCUACCUAACCAACCAAUCCAAUCACGUCUUAUUUAUGCAUUUCACCAUGCUGCACUAGCAAGCUUGCGUUGGUUCGGAAUGAUUCAUCGGGGGCGUGACGAGAAACCAGAUCUCUUCCUCUUGUUACUGCUAGUCGUGUCAUUGUCACUGGUGCUCGACGUCGUCGGAGAAUCACCGCCGGCAGCAGGAGGAAAAGGAGGAGAGUCGACGGCGGCAUGCGGCAGUAGCAGCUACAACUACCUCGGCGCGCUGCUGGGACUGAUGAUCCCGUGCAAGGCGGCGGUGGCGCCCUUCAGCCCGGCGCCGCCCACGGACGACUGCUGCUGGGCGGUGCGCGAGCUGGGGCAGCCCUGCCUCUGCCUGCUCCUUGCCGGCCCGCCCAUCUCGGGCGCCGACCGCCGCAUGCUCGCCCUCCUCCCCUCCAUAUGCGCCGCCGCCGACGACGACAGCGACCUGCGUCAGGAUCUAGGCUCGUGCACUGCUACGUAGCACGGUUCUCCUCCUUCACUUUGUGACACAUAUUCCUACUGGGCUACGGGACAAGCAAGCAUUGACACGCGACUAGAAAGUUGAUCUAACCCGAGCACCA